AUGCCAGCCAGUCCAAAGGCUUCCCAGGCAAAGAAGGCCGCGGCCUCUGCAAAGAACAAGGGGGCCGUCCGUGCAAAGACCGGUUGCUAUACGUGCAGAAUCCGACGAAAGAAAUGCGACGAGGAGCGCACAGAGCGAGACACGUGCAGGACCUGUGAGCGUCUGCGUCUCGAAUGCUUGGGCUUUGGCGCCAAACGGCCCGAGUGGCUGAGGGAAAACAAGAAUGUCGUCCUCCUCCGCGACAAGAUCAAGGCUUUCCUCGCGUCACAGGGCCUCAUCAAGGGCCACUCAGGCACUGGCUCUCGCACUGCUGAGCAGGGACACAUGAUCUUGCAGCUCUCGGGAGACCCAAGCCAGUCCCACUACCACAGCUCCUCCUCGGAGAGCCCACCUUCAAGGACCCUCUCCCUUUCCUCCGACGAUGACCGGCAUCGCCUCGUCACCUCUUCCAUUCGUGAUCAACGUGAGGACUCAGCCUGGUUCAAUCCUGGAUACGGCUCUGGCCUCCAUUCUCUCCAUCGCUCCGACUCGCCCUUCUCGAAUGCCAGUUACGACGAGGUUUCACCUCAUCACGCCUACACACUCCCUAAUUCCUCUGGUAGCUUAGUUGACUCAUCCCGCCUCUCCCCUGCAAUCCGAAGUACGUUCUCGAGGUGGUAUACCGAAGUGCCAAUCGACAUCAUGGACAACUUGAACGGUCUCUCAAUCAGCGGCUUCGCAUCAAGUUCGACAGACGGCCACGCCACCAAGGACCCAUCUACAAUGUUGUUCACGAUGCCCACCAACUGGCUACCAAGUGACCUCGUCGAAACUUCAAUCGAGAACUACGUCCAAAUGAUCGCUGAGAUUCAGUAUCUGUUGGGAGACCGCAAGACACUACCGCAGAUGAUUUGGGAUUCGUAUCGGUCGCAUCCCAACUCGAAGGCGGCAUUGACAUUGUUGAACAAGGUGUACUGGAGAAGACAGCAACAUCCAACCCAACCUGUGCUCACCGACUCGGAGAUGCAUUCGAACCUCGCCGUGUUGUUACAAGAGCUAGAGAAAGGAAGAUUCGACGACCCUGACGAUGCCAUCGCGGCACUACAUGGAGUCUCCAUGUUCCUUUUCGACGGAGGGCAAGGUGCCUGGCGCGACUUCCUCAAGCUCGCCACUAGAUACGUGAAGAAGGUCCUCCACAACCCGCAAUACACGAGUCCCAAAGACGCUCUCCUCUUCGCCACUGCCAAAGAUGCAUUCAUCGUCAAGACAGCCAUCUGGUUUGACGUCCUCGCUUCCAUCACCACUCAAGAGCCACCUACGUUCAUCCAGGAGAUCCGAACCAUGUUCGGUCCUGUUCACCAUGGCGUCUACAACUCCCAAUUCGAUACUGACCCUCAGUGUUCGAUGAUGUCGCCCAUGGGUUGCGAGAACCGGGUAGUGUGGGCGUUGGCGGAAACUUCGACCCUCGCUCACUGGAAGUAUACAGAGGAUGUCAGGUGCCGACUGAGCGUCAGCGACCUCGUCAUUCGGGCACAAGAGAUCGAGAACGUACUCUAUCAAAAAUCAUACGAGCCGAUGCCUGCGUCGGGUGAGGACGACAACGACAUGGAACAACUCCGAUUCCUGGCCUCGGAGAUCUUCCGAUGCUCUACGCGGCUCUUCCUCUCGGCUGUGGUGAACAAUGACCACCCACAAGUUCGACAGAUCCAAGAUCUCGUGGACGAGUGCAUGGCGGUGUUCCAUAACUUGUUCAAGACACCAACACUGGACCAGUUCAAGGUUUCGAGGUCAGUAAUCCGAAGCACAGUGUUCGGUAUUUACUUGGUUGGUGCCCUCACCCACAAUCGCCAACACCGAGAGCACCUGCUGGAACACAUAGAAAGAGAAUCGAGGGGCCUGCAUGGUGGCGUAGGGGAAGGAGUGGGGAAUUGUGGGUCGAUUCGAAAGAUGCUAGAGCACGUUUGGAAAGAGUCGGAUGCUGAUCCCGCAAAGCCUGUUCCGUGGCGGAGGGUCCUCAAGGAGUAUCAAAUCCUCCUUGUCUGAAAAUCAGUACGGUGGAUCGCAGGAAGUUCGCUCUGCAUCCUUGCUCAUCGUUACCCAAUGGCCGCCGACGCUUUCGUUAUCUCGUGUUUCAGUGAUCACACAGUCUUUCGCGACACGGCUCCUCACUGACAGCCCAAACCACCAUUUCCUA